CCGCCGACGAUGACCCCAGUCAGAGUCGCUCAAAGAGGAAACGGACUGCCCAAAGUGUCGAGAGUUUGGAGACGGGAACAGCAGGUCAAGGUUUGAAUGAUGGAAAAAAGGCUUUAUACCACUGUAAUUACUGCAACAAAGACAUCUCAGGGAAGAUCCGUAUUAAAUGUGCAUUAUGCUCUGAUUUUGACCUUUGCAUCGAAUGCUUUUCUGUUGGAGCAGAAAUACAUCCUCACAAAAGCAAUCAUCCUUACAGGGUCAUGGAUAACUUGUCAUUUCCACUCAUCUGUCCUGACUGGAGUGCUGAUGAGGAGAUACUACUUCUAGAGGGUAUCGAAAUGCAUGGAUUAGGAAGUUGGAAUGAUGUUGCAGAACAUGUUGGAACAAAAAGUAAACAGCAGUGUUUUAAUCACUAUAAUGCAAUAUAUAUGAACUCCCCAUGUUUCCCUCUUCCGGACAUGUCUCACGUUAGGGGGAAAAAUAGAGAAGAACUCUUGGCCAUGGCCAAGGAGCAGGAUGAAUUUAAAAAAGGUUAUAAUGCUGUUGGAGAUGUUACCGUCAAAGAAGAAAUUCCAUUCUCAGGCAGAGUCAAGAUGGAAGAUCAAAGGAAAGAAACUUCAAUAGGACGUGCCUCAUCUUUCUUAUCUUCUGAUAUGGUCCCUUGUGAUGCACCGAGUGGAGCUGGUAAGAGGGUAUCCAGUGUGGCCCAUAAUAAUGAUUGCUAUGAUGGCAUUAAAGUAGAAGAUACCCAUGCAGACAGGAGUCGUGGAGAAAAGAAGCCUAGGACUUCAGUAGACGAAGGGCCAUCUGUGACAGAACUGAGUGGUUAUAAUUUCAAAAGACAGGAGUUUGAAAUUGAAUAUGAUAAUGAUGCUGAGCAGUUACUGGCCGAUAUGGAGUUUAAGGAUACAGAUACAGAUGCGGAACGUAAACUAAAACUUCGGGUGCUGCAUAUAUACUUGAAGAGGCUUGAUGAAAGGAAACGCAGGAAGGACUUUAUAUUGGAAAGAAAUUUACUUUAUCCUGAUCCUUUUGAAAAGGACCUAACCCCAGAGGAGAAAGAAAUAUGUCGUAGGUACAGGGUGUUUAUGAGAUUUCAUACAAAAGAAGAACAUGGGGUGUUACUUAGCAGUGUUAUUGAAGAGCAUCGUAUUUUGAGAAGAAUACAAGAUCUUCAGGCAGCACGAGCUGCUGGCUGCCGAACUUCUGCGGAGGCUGAAAGGUAUGUUGAGCAGAAGAGAAAAAGGGAAGUGGAGGAAAAUACCCGUAGAGUGAAGGAGAAUUUACAGACUGCCCCAAAUGGAAAAUAUGUUCAAAGAGCUAAUAAUAUCAAGGAAGAACAUGUAAGCAGCCCCAGAGGUGCUAGAGGGCCUGUUGUAUUAGAUUCAAGUGCAAAGGAAUUUUCCUCUACCCCAAAAGAGCAGCAUCAUGUUGGAAAUGCCGCAGAUAUGUGGGAUGUCAGUGGAUUUAUUGGAGCUGAUCUACUCUCUGAUCAUGAGAAACAACUCUGUGGGGAGAUCAGACUUUUGCCUACACAUUAUCUAAACAUCAUGGAAACCCUUUCCACAGGAGUCUUGAGUGGCAACAUCACAAAGAAGGGUGAUGCACAUCGUCUCUUCAAUGUCGAUCCAAGCAAAGUGGACAGAGUUUAUGAUAUGCUCAUCAAGAAAGGAUUGGCUCAAGUAUGAUGGGAUCAUUUUGAUUUAACAGAACGUUAUCAGGAGGACUUUAUUUCGCUUGGAAUGAACCCAAAAAUGAGGGCAUGGUUUAGUGGGGGUGGACUUGGUGGAGCUACUUGUUAUAGAGCAAUUACAGAAUAAAUUUUACAUUCAGAGAAUGGAAUGCUUGAUAUUAAGUGUUGUUUAGUUAUAUUAGAUUUAUAGUGUAUGUUUUAUUAGCAGUACAGUAACAUAUUCUGAGACAAGUAGACAACAUGACAUGUAAGGAAAGUGAUGAAACCCUAACCCUAGUUGCAUUGGGUCUAGUCCACUUUUUGUAGUUUGUCCUAGUUGUAGACUUGUAGUUCUAAAUACAGUUGGUGUAAUUCUUUAAUGCAUGAAUAACCAAAAGAGUUAUUUCA